CAUAAAAGUGAUGAUUAAUUAUGUUGAACAAAACGAUAACUUUUAGGUAAAAGGAAAUCAUUGAAUUCAAUACUAAAUGAGGAGAAUUCAGGCAAAGAUAAAGCAAAUAAUAAGAAUACGAAUCACAACCACCGGAUGGGCUGUGCCUCGCCUGAAGUGCUGGUCAAUGGGUCGCCCUCUCCGGACAUCGUGGGGACAGUGAGUGGCGGCAACUUCGCCUCCAUCGAGGAGAUCCAGUUUGUCGGUGUCAUCGGCACCUUAGAGCAGAAGAGAGUCUGUAAAAUCAAAUGUCUUAAUGGCGUAUGGGUUGGACCCCUAUGUGCUCUCGAGAAAGGCGAUCAGUUCGCACCGAUGCUAAGGGAGUGUCAGUUGCACGAGACGGACGCCGCGCUACUCAUCACUUACAACAGGAGCCAACUCCUCAUUGAUUCACCCAAUGGUAUACCACUUCCGCACGGAUCGCAUAUUGAGGUCCGGUGCGAAGAAGUAGGUCUCUAUAAAUUUCACGGCAACUCUAGUAUGCAUUGCGUGGAUGGGCUCUGGGAUGCAGUUAUGCCCCAUUGCGAGGCAACUACUCUACACAAAAACUUUACGCUGGACGCCCCUCCGUCUAUAGUGUACACUAUAGUGGACGGCAUAUCAGGCGUGGACACGGAGGGCCGACUCAUACUAAUUCCGGGAACUAUUGUUCACUUGCUAACAGAUAUAGUCGCUUUAUUACCAUUAGGAGCCUGGAAAUACAGACUAUCAAUCUAUUACAGCAAACCAGAAGACACGGGAGUGUUCACGUGUACGGCACCGGAUGGCAAAUANUACUCCGGGAUUGACAGAAUGGACGCCCCUCCGUCUAUAGUGUACACUAUAGUGGACGGCAUAUCAGGCGUGGACACGGAGGGCCGACUCAUACUAAUUCCGGGAACUAUUGUUCACUUCGAUUGUCUAUAUCAGCGAAAUAAUGAUGUUGAGUGUCCGCUCAUCGAUUCGUUUGACGCCAAUCGAGUUAUGUCUGUUGAGGGCAAUCGUAUGCACGACAGGUCCCGCUUCUCGUGCGUCGAGGGCUUCUACCUCGAGGGCACUCAAGAGAUUACAUGCCUUUCAAGCGGCCUCUGGUCUGACAGUCCCCCCAAAUGUAAAGUGAUAGAGUGUCCGCCGCUGAACGCCGACGAGGAUCUGUAUCUCCGAGUGAGUGACCACAACCGCACGUACGCCAGUAGAGCCCAGUUCUCGUGCACCACUGGAUACAAACUAAUUGGUCCCCAAUUUGUCACAUGUCGCAAGAACCGCACGUGGAGUCAAGACAUACCCCAUUGCGAAGGUAUU